AUGUUUAAUACAUACAUUCGAAAUUUCUCAAAAAAAGCUGGAUGGUCAUGGAUAAAAAAUAGAAGAGGAAGAAAAAAAAUUCUUUCAUUUACUUAUCCACCAAGAGAAAGAAGUAAUAUUAUAAAAUUGACUGAUGAGAGUGAUAAAUUAGUAUUUGUAUGUAAUGGAACAUUAAGAAACAACUUUAUAUCAACAGUGAAAAAUAUGAAAAAAACAAAAUGUGUUAUCAAAAAUAAUUCUAUUAUUACUCCUUGUGUAGUCAUAUCAAAAGCUAAGUGUCAUACAUUGUUAGAAAGUUUUACUUAUGAUGAAAUUUUACAUUUAGAGCAAUUAUCCCCUAAAAUUUUAAAGGCAUUUGAAAAUGCUGAAGCAAUCUUAGAGAAUGAUACAGAAGGUACCGUAUUGAAAAAACAUGAGGCUCUCAAAUUUAAGUUGAUUGAAUGA